AGUGCUUUCCGAAAAUGAUGAGAACAGCGACUGGCGAUAACUUAAGCGGCCUGCAAGUCGAGCGCGAUCACUUCGUGCUCCCACCGCAAAAGAGUGCGGAGUCGUUCCUCGGAUUCAGUUUACCACUCUCGGUCAAACGUGUGCGCGGAUCCACGACACCAGCCAUGAGCCCCCUGGGCAUAGCCCUCCUCCUCGGGCUGCUGGCGCUCUCUACCGCCCAGUUCAGCAUUUCCUUGUGGAGAAACGAGACGGACCCUGAACCGAGACGGAGAGUGUGGCUCAACGCAGCUGCUGUGAUUCCGGAAGAACUGGAAAACGAAAAGAACCUGCAUUAUUACGGACUCAUCAGCCUUGGAACGCCCCCGCAACCAUUCAAGGUGAUCUUCGACACCGGUUCCGCGAACCUCUGGGUACCAUCGGUGAAAUGCCCCGAUACUGAAGACGGCUGCAAGGACAAGAAAAAGUACGACAGCUCCAAGUCGAGCACUUACAAGGCGGACGGCCGCAAGUUCCGCAUCGAGUACGGAAGCGGCGUUGUCGAGGGCAUCUACAGCACCGAUGUUCUAACCGUGGGAAAUGGCAAGGUUAACGCGCAGACGUUCGCCGAGGCCACAAAGGCACAAGGUUCCAUCUUCAAAGCGGCCCAGUUUGACGGGCUUUUGGGUCUCGGUUACCCAGCUCUCGCCGAAGACAACGUUGUGCCCGUGUUUGACAACAUGAUGAAGCAGAACCUGCUGCCCAAGCCGGUAUUCUCCGUCUAUCUCAACCGUGACCCCAAGGCCACUCCUGGAGGAGAAAUCUACUUCGGCGGAAUCGACUCCAAGCGCUACACGGGAAGUAUCACCUACACCAGCGUCACCAAGAAGAGUUACUGGCAGUUCAAAAUGCAAGGCAUGCAAGUGAAGAAGGACAAGACGUUCUGCGUCGGAGGAUGCGAUGCUGUGAUCGACACGGGCAGCUCUUUCAUCGAGGGCCCCAGGGACGAGAUUGAGCGACUGAACAAAUACCUGAGAGCGACGGAGGAGCCCGCUGGAGAUUGGCGUGUAAAGUGCGCCAAUAUUCCAAGAAUGCCGAAGAUUUCCUUCACCAUUGGAGGAAAGGAGUUCACCAUGACCGCCGACCAAUACAUCAUUCAGGUUCAAGGUUCGAAGAAGGUGAAGUGCUACAGUGGCUUCGCCGUCUCUGACACGCCGACGAAGAAGUUCUGGGUUAUCGGUCAGGUGUUCAUCGGCAGCUUCUACACCAUCUUCGACAGGGGCAGUGACCGCCUGGGAUUCGCGACCGUCGCCUAACUGGUCCUACUAAGCAGAAG